AUGGGUUCAAUAUCCGAGUUCGACCAAAUCCCAACACUUACACCAAUUGAGCGCAUUGGCCCCAAGGGCUACGUGCGCUACAUCUUCCCAUUCCAGCUAGACGACGACUAUGACAUCGAUGAGGUAAGCCGCGUGCUGCGAGCGGCAUAUGCGGCCACUCAGCGGCGUAUCCCAGCCAUGGCGUGUGAGGCCGUCCCAGACGUGGACGCAAAGCAGGCAGGUGUAUUGAAGUUACAAAAGCUGGCUGAUGGCACGGUCGAAGACAUCGUCGUCCAAGAUCUGCGCGGGUCGGACGCCUUUCCUACAACAUAUGCGGAUCUGAAGUCAACCUUUUUUCCUGUUGCCGCUUUCGAUGCCGAUCUGUUAUGCCGUCGCUCUGUGUGGCCCUCGCCCGGAGAGAGGCUGCCGAUUUCCCUUGCACAGGUGAACUUUAUCCGCGGUGGAUUGCUUCUCAAUUGGUGCACGCUGCAUCUAGCAGGUGACGGGACAUCGUAUUUUACCUGGAUGAAAAUCUGGGCAGAAGAGUGUCGCCGUGCUCAGGGGUUAGACAUCUCGGACCCUGAGAUUCUUCCUCCAGCCAUGGUUUGGCAUCGCGACUGUGUGAUGCGCUCUUCCGGCCGCAAUCCUGGAUUGCUUGAGAGCCACCCAGAAUACACACUGCUGCCCUUCACACCGUCGAGUGCACCGCCGAAGAUGAUGGCGCAGAAUCACCGGGCACAGGUCUUCUAUUUCUCCCCUGAGUCGCUGCAAGCGCUUAAGGCGGAGGCCUCCCCAACGAACGCAACAGUGCCGUCCGACCAGAAGUGGAUCUCCACGAAUGACGCUCUCUCUGCACUGCUCUGGCGGACCGUCAUGAAGGUGCAGUGGCCAGUAGAUAUUCUUGAGGGCAACCCAUCAUCGGUCUUCAACAUCGCGAUUGAUGGCCGCUUACGCACAGAACCACCCGUUCACCCGGAUACGCUGGGCUGCUUCCUGGAGUACGUGGCUGUCUCAGCUCCGAUCAAGGAGAUUGUCGGCGCUACCAAUAUCGCUGACCUAGCCAUCAAGAUCCGGAAAGCAAUCCUCCAGGCCGAUAGGCAAUUCACAGAUGAUCUGAUCGCCCUCAUCGGGGGGCUAGAGGAUGUGGACCGGCUAGUGCCAACCGCAUUCCUUGAUGUCCCAGGCUUCAAUUGUGUGCAGACCUCGUGGAUUAACUUCAAACUGUAUUCAUUAGACUGGGGUUCAUUGCUGGGCCACAAAAUUGAUGCAGUACGAUCACCUCACAUUGGGGUCAUCAACGGCCUGCAGGUGGUUCUUCCAGCGCCUCUAGAUGGUGGAAUGGAGAUCUUGGUUGGUGUCGAGGAAAGUUGCCUCGAUAAGCUGCUGCAGGAUUCACUGUGGAUGAAAUAUGCGGUACCCAGGUAG